UCACUUCUAAACUAAAACAUUUUCUUUCAAUCUCUCUUUGUCACAAUCAAGAAAAAUAUAAAAAUAUUGAUAUGGGAAUGAAGGGGAAAUACUUGGUAACGAUUAUUCUACUGGUUAGUACGUUAAGCGUGGGGAUGUGUUCUAAUCGUUGGAUUAGGGCUCAUGCAACGUUUUAUGGUGUUAAUGAUAGCCCUGCUUCACUUGGCGGAGCUUGUGGGUAUGACAAUCCAUACCACGCCGGAUUCGGAGCCCAUACGGCGGCGCUAAGCGGUGCACUAUUCAAAAGCGGCGAGUCAUGCGGUGGGUGUUACCAAGUGAGGUGCGACUAUCGUGCGGAUCCUAAGUGGUGUCUCCGAGGAGCCGCCGUUACGGUGACGGCUACAAACUUUUGUCCGUCGAACAAUAACGGAGGUUGGUGCAAUCUUCCUCGCCACCAUUUUGACAUGUCCAUGCCCGCUUUCUUCCGCAUCGCCCGUCGCGGCAACGAAGGCAUCGUCCCCGUCUUCUACCGCCGGGUGGGAUGCAGAAGAAGAGGAGGUGUAAGGUUCACGAUGAGAGGUCAAGGUAAUUUCAAUAUGGUAAUACUCUCAAACGUUGGCGGCAGCGGCGCGGUGAAAGCCGUUGCGGUGAGAGGCUCAAGGGGAAAGACUUGGCGUCAGAUGACUCGUAACUGGGGUGCCAACUGGCAAAGCUCCGGCGAUCUUCGGGGACAGAGGCUCUCCUUUAGAGUUAAUCUCCUUGACCGCAAAACCAUGACGUUUUUAAAUGUGGUUCCUUCUUCUUGGUGGUUCGGUCAAACCUUCUCUUCUCGAGGCCAGUUUCACUGAGUACAACUCUUGAUACAAUUACGAAGUCUUGCUUGCUCUUCCAUCUUUGUGGGGCUAAUUUUCAACUCUUUGCUUAUUUAUGAACUUUGUCCUUUGUUUUUUUGGGGGGCAAUGUUCCUUUGAUUUUAUUUAUUUACUAAUAAAAAUUCCAUAUUUAAUUAUUUUUAUUCAAGUGGUUUCUCAUUUAUGUAUGAGCAUUACUGGAUGGUCUAUGAGAAUUCUGAUGAAUCUUUAUUAAUGGAAAUAAACUUUUUAAUUUUAUUUUUUGUCACAGCAUUUCUAAUUAGUUUCCAAUAUUAUUACAGAAGUCAACUAUUUACAAUUAGAUAGCUUAACCAAAACAAUUGAGAAGAGCAAGUAAAUAUAAUAUGAUCAAGAAAUCCACAUGUUAUUUAUUGUCACUUGUCAGUACAGUCUACCGUAACUGGAAACAACUCUUUUGCUAUAAAAAGAUAGAUAGAUAAAAAUAUCAUACAUAGAUGAAUAAAUAUACAAUAAGUAUUUUGGAAAAAGCAAGGAGCCCAUGCUUUUCAGUUUUCUGAUACCUUUUUGUUAUAUUCUCGAAGAGUUGGAUUUUCAAAUACAGAAUUAUACCCCAGAAUUAAUAAUGGUGAUUGUUGUUAUACUUAAAAGUCAGUAAAACCAGCCUUUUUAUUUUCCUCCUCUGCAAGUUUUCUAAGAGAUUGAUUACAAAUUAAUUAAAAAACUACAAAACUCAUAAUUUUGAAUGUGUAACCCACAUCCACUUAUAAUUCUAUUAUCAUCAGAUUAACAUAAGCUAAAAUAAUCUAUUAAUUAAAUAAAACCAAAUUUCUAUAAGUUAUACACAUAACUUUAUUUUGCUAUCAACGAAUUUCUAUAAGUUUUGUUUUAAAUCUAUACACAAAAAGCAGAAGAACAAAGAAUUUAAAAUGGGUAAUACAUUAAGGAAGGAAUUAAAAAAUGGUAAAAAACACUCGAAGCCCAUGAGAACCAGAGAUGGAUUCUUUUCAGUUUUCAUGUUCCACGGAUGAUAUAUAAUUGAACAGUACCAUUAAAUGUCAUCUUUUACCAAAAAGAAAUCACUUUAAAUAACGAAAAGACAUUAAUACCCUUCCAAUGCUUUCACACUCUUCUUGAACAAAACACAGAGAAAAGAGAGAGAAGACACUCUUUUAGUCUUUAGCAAAAGGCUCCUCCUCUGUGUUGUUCUUGAGGGUUUUCAGACAGUGAAAGAGA